ACGGAAAAAGGAAGUUUAAAUGUUUCUUAUAAUGUGCCUAAUUAUUUUCUGAACUACUGUAGUUAUGAAGAUUUCUUGUUUCAGCAUACUUUCAUAUCAGACUUUACCAAGAAAUAUGCCAAGCCAUCGAGCCCAAGUUGUACCUCGUUAUCCAGAAGGUUAUCGCACCCUACCAAGAAACACUAAAACCAGGCCAGAUAGCAUCUGCAGUGUAACACCUCUUUAUGAUAAGACCCUUGGAUCAUUGCCAGCAGAAGAUAAAAGAAGAUCAAUGCGAGAUGACACCAUGUGGCAACUCUACGAAUGGCAACAACGGCAGUUUUACAAUAAGCAAACAACUCUUACUAGACACGGUACUUUAAGUAGUCCCAAAACCAUGAUUAAUAUAUCUGAUCAACCAAUGCAUUUGAUUCCCACGUCACCUUCCCAUGGUUCAAUAGCAGGUUUCCAAGGAUAUUCUCCUCAGAGGAACUACAGGUCAGAAGUGUCCUCCCCAGUACAAAGAGGAGAUGUAACCAUUGACCGUAGACACAGACCGCAUCAUACCAAGCAGCAUGUCUUUGUGCCUGACAGAAGGUCGAUUCCAGCAGGCCUGAGCGUACAGCCUAUUACUCCCCAGAGCUUGCAAGGCAAAACUCCAGAGGAGCUCACGCUGCUGCUCAUAAAGCUGAGAAGGCAGCAAGCCGAACUGAGUAGUAUCCGGGAACACACACUAGCACAACUCAUGCAGCUAAAACUUGAGGCCAGCAGCCCAAAGAAUGAGAUUCUUUCUCAUCAUCUACAAAGGAAUGCCAUAUAUUUGGACCAUCAGAUGAAAGAGAAUGAACCUUUAAUCAUCUUGGUUCACACUAUGAUUGAGAACUCGGCGCUAAGACCACAACUAUACCAUCAACUGACACAAGAUGAAAGUAGGGGUGCUCUGUACAAAUACAGAUCAGAAGAACUGGAUAUUGAUGCUAAGCUUAGCCGAUUAUGUGAACAAGAUAAAGUGGUGCAGGCCCUAGAAGAGAAGCUUCAGCAGCUGCACAAGGAAAAAUACACGCUUGAGCAAGCUUUGCUAUCAGCCAGCCAAGAGAUACAAAUGAAUGCAGAAAAUCCAGCUGCCAUACAAAAUGUCAUCUUACAGAGGGAUGAUUUACAGAAUGGCCUGCUUAGCACUUGUCGAGAAGUAUCUCGAGCCACUGCGGAACUCGAAAGAGCUUGGAGGGAAUAUGACAAACUAGAAUAUGAUGUAACAGUCACAAAGAACCACAUGCAGGAGCAGCUGGAGCGGACAGGCGAGGUUCAGAGUGAGUCAGCCGGGAUACAGCGUGCUCAGAUUCAGAAGGAGCUUUGGCGAAUUCAGGAUGUAAUGGAAGGUUUGAGUAAACAUAAGCAGCAAAGAAACAGCACCACGGAGGCAGGUGUCAUAGCAUCAAAGGCCUUUUCACCGAAGUAUAAAAAUGAGGAAGAGGAAGUAGUCCCACCUCGUCCUCCACUCCCUCGGUCCUAUGACUUUGCAGAGCAUCUUCCCAUAAUCCCCCCUCUGCCCAGUGAUAGCAGCUCCUUGCUCUGUUAUAGCAGGGGCCCAGUACAUCUGCCUGAAGAGAGGAAGAUUCAUCAAGUUCAAGGAUACCAAAGAAAUGGAGCUCACUGUGGUCCUGAUUACCGGCUUUAUAAAAGUGAACCUGAACUGACGACUGUAGCAGAAGUUGAUGAGUCGAACGGGGAAGAAAAGGCAGACCCAGUUUCGGAGUCAGAAGCUUCUAUGUCUAAAGGAUCACAUUUUCCUAUUGGAGUUGUGCCACCCAGAACAAAGUCACCAACCCCAGAAUCUUCAACAAUAGCUUCUUACGUGACUUUAAGGAAAACAAAGAAGAUAGAUCUAAGAACGGAAAGGCCAAGAAGCGCAGUGGAGCAGUUAUGCUUGGCAGAAAGUACUCGCCCACGAAUGACAGUGGAGGAGCAGAUGGAAAGAAUAAAAAGGCACCAACAGGCCUGUUUGCGUGAGAAAAAGAAAGGACUGAAUAUUAUUGGCAUUUCAGAUCUGUCCCCUUCACAAAGCCCAUCCCUUUUCAGAGAAAAUCCUUUUAAAUUAUUGCAGGUAUGGCUACAUGUUCUGUUUCUUUCAAUGGAACACUCACAGACAAAAACAACGUUCUGUUGAUAUUAUCAUUUGAAGGACUCUGUACAUUCUUCCUUACUAGUGCUUGGGUAGGGCCACCAGCAAAUCUCAGCUAGAAUGGAAAAGAGCAGCAGCAAUCUACUUCUGUAUCAUUGUUGGGAAAACAACGUGGACAUGUCCAUGAAGCCACCAGGAAGUUCAGUUCAGAAGAGACUUUACCUUUAUUUCUUAUAGCCAAAGAAAAGGUUGUAGAGUCCUUGGUGCUCUCUGAGCUUGUU